ACUAAUAAUAUACUUGCAAUACAUCAAGAUAUUGAUAGUAAUAUUCUUAAAGAAAAGGCAAAAUUCUUUGUUAAAAAAUUAAACAUUAAUACUUUUAGCCAAUCUGAAGAAGAAUCAAUAGCUAAUGAUCAUACUAAGUUACAACAACUUCUUUGUGCUUAUGAAUUUCAAGAUAUCUGGAAUGUUAAUGAAACUAGGCUUUUUUGA